AUGUCAAAGCCAACUCGGAAGUCAGUCAGUGAGAGGAACCAAAGUGAAAGCUCAGCGUUGAGACCGUCAAUUUCCCCAUCUACACGAUGGAAUGAUAGUGUUGACAGGGGAAGCAGCUGCAGCAGUAUAAGGAUCGACUACCAACGCCUUAUGGACAGCCACACAAGACGCGCAGAGGUAAUAGCGCAGUAUAGGCAGCUGGUAAUGAACAGGAGGUCACAAAACGGGCAGGGUGAACCCACCGUGUGUGACGAAGAACGGAGUGACUGGCUGAGGGAAGAUGAGUGGGAUCGGCUCUUCAGUCUAGAGGAAGAGCGGUGUUCCUGUAUCAACGGAGAACAGGAGCCUCCAUUGAGGGAAGAGGGAGAAGUGAUUCUUAAACAAAAGGAGGAGGUGGAGGAAGACAGGGAACUCAGGGCGAAGGAAGAGGAAGAGGACCGCAAGCGCAAGCAGAGGGAAGAGGAAGAGCGCAAGCGUAAACAAAGGGAAGAAGAGGAAGAGGACCGCAAGCGCAAGCAGAGGGAAGAGGAAGAGGACCGCAAGCGCAAGCAGAGGGAAGAGGAAGAGCGCAAGCGUAAACAAAAGGAGGAAGAGGAAGAAUGGAAGCGCAGGCAGAGGGAGGAAGAUAAGCGGAGGAACAGGCCAAAAGAUGAAGUAGAGCUGAAGGUCCAAGUGGAACAAGAGGAGGAGCGCAUGCUUCGACUGACAGAGGAAGUGAAACGGGAGCUUCAUUUAAAAGAGGAGAUGGAUCUGCAACUUCGACUGCAGCAAGAAGAAGGGCAGGAGCCCGAGUUAAGGGGUGAAGAAGAGCACAAUCGGCAAUCACAAAGCGCUGUUCCCAGAAGGACCAUGAGUGCGGAGAGCGAUAAUCGGAGUGUAUCUCCACGAACAACUGCCACGUCACGUGCCUCAGCUCAACUUGCCUCUGGUGCCGCCGUAAUGUCCUCCCUCCGAAGCAGCAGCCCCUCCUCGUGGCGUGCAUCCCAUGGCGGCAUUAGCAUGCUUCCAAUGAGUGUAGUGGCCAUGAAAAAACCAUCCGAGCAGCACCCUUUAGAGUCUUCGCGUCGACGUGAGGGAGAAAACAGCGGGAGCACUAGAGUACGACAAAGCCUCGUAUACCCACUUGUCUCACCUACAACGGCAACACUUUCGCCAGUAACCAAUCCAUCGGCUCGCGCAAAUUCACGGAGUGAAAAACAUCCGGGGGACACACCAGACAGUGUCAUCUCCACAAGCAAGCAGAGCACUGCGCAUAACAGUAAGGUUGCUGUGCGUGAAGAAAAUAAUGUGGAGAAGCCAGCAGCGAAGGCGUCCGUGUCAUCGUCAACGCACAAACGUGCGCCCACCCCCACAUCGGUUGCGAAGAGCAGUACGAAACGUAGCGGUACCAUGAGCAGCGAGACAAAGAGUUCCACGAAGCGUUCCACACACGGAGGGAAAGAACAGAGUGAACUGCAACCGAGGUCUCAGCAAAAUAUCAAGCAACGCCAACAAGCCAUUCGUGAGGUGGAGGACCCGUCAUUGCUUACUUCGGCAACCGCACACACCAUCAAAGUCUCGACUCCCUCUCGUGAAGGACCUCGUUCCCAGGCCGUUGCUGCCGAUGCCGUUGAUGGUGCUUGUCAUAGCAUCAGUAAUGAGAGCAGCAGUCGCCAAAGCGAGUGGGCACCCCGGUUGCCAACAACGGUACACGAACCGGCGCCCCAGGCCAAAUCUCGUGACGGUAAAAUGGGAUCGGAGGCGCCGAGGGUUGAUCCCGAAGAUGCCUUCCAUGCUAGUAAAUUUGAUACGAGAACUGUAUCUACAAAUCUAUCCAGUGUUCUACCUGCGCGCGCGCCUGCAGGUUCCACGAUGGAAGAGGAGCUGCUACUCCUACUUCGAGAGUCACAAAAAGGAGUUUCCUCCUCCACCGAACCUUCAGUGCGCGUGUCCCCUACCCGUCGCUCCACUGUUUUCGGUACACAAACCAACAGGGGCUCCUGCAUCGCUUCGGCAGCAGCAGUUCUUCAAGGGAUGCUCAGGAGGUCUCGUGAAGUGGUUCCCUGUUACUAUUGUGGUGAAAUGCAACCCCUAAAAACGUAUUCCCUGCAUUUAGAUUUUUGCCGCACCAAAACAACGGCUCUGUAUAGGCGGUAUGGUCUCAGUACGCUGCGCCUCAAUAUGGGAAUACCGACUCGGUGCAUUCCAGAGGCCGUGUCUGAAGCUACAAGAGAAGAACUUGACGCCUUUACCCGCGCUUGUUAUGAAUGUGUGAAGGUGUCAAUCAUUCCCUGUCCAGGAUGUGGCACACACAUGCGCGUGCACGAUCUUCCUGAACACGCGGAAGCCUGCAAGAGCGGUGCAAAUUCAGGUCGUAGGACGACAGUUUCUUCCAAAUCGUAG